UGCAUGAUUCUCUGCUUGACCAAGUGGACAUUCUACCUUACAGGGCUUUUCUUUCCUGUCCUUAAUAUUCACUUUUGUAUUGACUUCUAGUGUCUUCUGAACAAUGUUGUCUUGUAAAUGAUGUCCAAACUUAUUUUUAAAGGCAGGUGCUUAAGACAUGGACUGAUCAACACACUGAACACGUGACUAGACGUUGUUCUCCCAAAAUUUUGGUCAGGCACUCUUGGUUUGUGGAGGAUUAUGAUGAUCGCAUGGAUGAUACUUGCCUCACUCUUCUGCAACAGCGCACAAGAUGGAAAUUCAAAAGAAGACGGUGCUUUUCCCUGUGGACCUGACAGCAUGACAGUUAGAACUUUAAACCAGAACAUCCUGCUAACAUGGGAAGACAAACCAUCUUGCAAGCCACUAAAUGAUGAGCUGACGUAUGAUCUGGAGGUGUUCAUUGCAGACAAGCAGAUACAUCGUGAAAAGGUGGCCGUUUCACCAGAUCAGAUUGGAUCUACUCAUUACUGGAACUGGACAUCCCAUUUUGCAUUGGAAUGUGCCACACACACACUACGGCUCAGUUCUCGAUAUAAAAACCAGAGCAGCCAAUGGAAACAGGAGCGCACUAUUCCUGGACAUAAGGCCUUGGAUUGGCCAGAGGUGUUUCCACGAGACAAAGUGUUUCAACUUGGCAGUCGAGCUACUUUUUGUUGUGUUCUUCCAACGGGUGAAUCUCUGGAGAAACUUUAUCUAAGUGGAAACAGCAGCGCUAAUCAGAAUAUUAGCCAGAUCGGCAGCCACGCAUACGCCCUGACCGUCGACCUGAACAGAGCAUCAUCGACCAGUUGCACCGAUGUAAAAUGUGAAACAAAGACGUCUGAUAAUGGAGCGUGUGCUUACAUUGGAUACCCUCCUGCUGACCGGGAUCUUUCCUGCGAAACUCAGGACUUCCAAACGGUUGAAUGUCAGUGGACGGUAGGACGGAAUACACACCUGGCUAUUGCAAGUCCGACGACCUAUCAACUGCUUGGAAGUGUGUGUGCAGAGGGCUUCAAGGGGAGAUGCUCUCACAAAAUGCAAGUGGAGGCUGGAGAGCGUCUUUGGACUGUGACAGCACAAAAUCAGCUUGGCACAAUCACACUCACACACGAAGCUGACCUGACGAAAAGAGUCCACAUGUUUGCCCCAGAAGGAGUCAAAGUCUCAGAGGUUGGUGCCAGAAAUGUCAGUCUAAAGUGGGAGUGGUCAGUACAAACAUACAACCAUCUCAAUCUAACGUGCCAACUACACAUCAGCCAUGGAUACGCACAAAAUAGCACGAGUGAAAGCGUUGGGGUCGGCCUUACUUCUGCAAUCUUGAAGGACUUGAUUCCCAAUUGGACAUACACAUUGAUGAUACGAUGCAGUACUACUCAACAUUUCUGGAAGUGGAGCAAGUGGAGCCUCGAACUCACGUUUCAAACGCUGGGCGAUGUUCCAGAUGCUCUUGAUGUGUGGACGCAAGUAAAGGACAAGUCUGUAAUUACUUGGAAAGUACCACUGGCGCACCAAAGCCACGGAGACAUAAUAGAUUAUGCAAUAACAUGGGCGCCCACCAAGACCCCUGACAGACGAGAGAAAUCCAGUGUGACGCACCCGAAGAACAGUUUUGCUCUCCGUCUGAACUCCACAGACGAGUAUGCAGUCAGUGUCACAGCCAGGAAUUCCAAUGGAAGCUCUUCUCCUUCAUCCGUAACAAUCCCCAUCCUCAAUCCAGGCGGCGGUGUAAUUAAAUCUUCCAGGAUACUCGGCAGUAAUGGCGGGUUCAACCUAUCCUGGUCUCCCAGUCCCUCAGCCAGCUGCGGUUUUAUCGUUGACUGGCGUCCGUUUGUAGGGACAUCUGGGGUGGACUGGCUCAGAGUCCCUCCCACUGAAACUAAUGUCAAUAUACAUUCAAAAAGCUUGGGCGAAGGCGUGAGAUACUUGCUGUCAGUACAUGCCUGCACACAAGGAGCUCCAGUGCUUCUGGAGAGAAGAGAAGGAUACAUCAAAGAGAAAAUCAUACCAGAUGGUCUUUUCAAGCCGUUUACAUGGACACAAAGGAAUAUGGAUGUGGAGGUAACCUGGAACCGUGUAUCUCUACAAGAGCAGCCUGCUUUCAUACAAGGCUAUGUUCUAUAUUGGGUGGACAACAACAACAUUGUCAUGAAUAUCAGUACAGACAAUCCUCAGGCCACCAGCCUGACGGCAAGAAACCUUCAAAUAAGUUCGUACUCAUUCACGCUGAAGGCAAGAACAGCUGUGGGAGAAUGCGGGGCGACACAUGUCACCGCCAUCUUGAAUUCACCGACUGAUAACCUGAUCAGCGCAAUCUGUAUCACCCUUGUUACUCUUUUGGUUUUCUUACUUCUCUUUGUGGUCUUUUGCUGCAGACACUGGGAAUGUAUCAAACUGGAGCUCUACCCGCCAAUCCCGAAGCCAGUGUUUAAGGAAAAGUGGAUAGCAUCACUGAAAAGUUGUCAUCCUGUUUUUAUGGAGAUGAGUCACCACGAGAUCGAACUGAUGACGAUUCCAAAGUUACACUGCAAAUCUGAGGUGUCUGCAGAGACUGAUUGUGUGGACCAAGGACAUGUUGGAACUACAAAUAGAGUAGAAGCACUUAGCAUCCCCAGCACAGCCAUGACCUGUGAGACACCACCAUCAGCAUCAUCAUCUCUUGCGAGAACGACAUAUCUCAACUCUUCAUACAACCUGAUGCUGAACAAUGGGGUCCAGCAGCCCAUCUUUGGACCUGGCUCUCAGGAGACACACUCUUUAGUGACGAGGUCCAAUGGGUACCACCCUCAGCGAAAUACUGUACAUCCAGAAGAUGCUUCGGAGAGUCUUUUGCCUUGUGUCUUUACCUAUAUUUUGUUACCAAGGUCUGCUUCAACCGAAUAGUUGCUGCAUGUUCAUUUAGCGAAUAGUUAAUACACUGAAUAGCACGUUUCCAGUUUACAGACAACUCACAGCACUUUCAAACUCUAUUCCAUGGGGAAAAUGUUCCUUAAAAUGUUACUGCCAUGAUCUCACAUGACAGUUGUUAUUACUAUCUGUAUUUUGUAUUAUUUCCUGUCUGGCGCGCUUUUUUUUAUUUCAUUCCACUUUCUGUUCGCCUCCAUUUACCACAACUUGUCACUCGUCCGCAUCCCCCUUGCCAGUUGUAGCUGGCACCUGACUUGGGGCAUCAUUUAACUGUCCAUGGAUUUCAGCAUACAACAUUAUGCAAGCACAAACCUCAGAAUGUAUGUAGGCACAAAAAAUUCACAUUCAUAAAUGCUGGGCACACUUGUACAUGCCCUUUAUUAUAAAUCACACCUGCAGUGAAUUGUGUGCAGAAGAGUUCCUCCCUGGUGGUACACCUUUCCUGGUUGUCUGCUCCCAGACCGUGGUCGAGGAGCGCAGGGGAUACGUUCCCUCCAGGGCGGAUGUUAAAGUUAAAAGUUCAAGUACCACUGAUAGUCACACACACACUAGGUGUGGUGAAAUUUCCCUCUGCAUUUGACCCAUCCCCAUGUUCACCGUCUGGGAGGUGAGGGGAGCAGUGAGCAGCAGUGGUGGCUGCGCUCGGGAAUCAUUUUGGUGAUUUAACCCCCAAUUCCAACCUUUGAUGCUGAGUGCCAAGCUGGGAGGUAAUGGAUCCCAUUUUUAUAGUCUUUGGUAUGACUCGGCCAGGGUUUGAAAUCAUGACUUCCCGACCUACCCUCCACUUUACCUGGCAGUGGGUCCCUACAGUUCCGCUCUUGGGUCGGAAUGACAAGGACGUUGAUUCGUUGCAACUCUGUCACUUUAUGGUUUUCCACAAAGCUAUCCACCAAGCUACUAGCGCUCCUGCACACUAACUGCUACCGCUCCCUCACCUCACUCGCCCACUUACUCACUCACCACUCACCUCACAUACUGCCAUUCUUAAAGGAGCACACACACACACACACACGCUACUCUCACAACACCUGUCGUAAAGGUUUGAAAGUUAAGUACCUACAUUUAACCCUUGUUGACACCUUUUUUUUUUGAGUCCAGUGACAUUUAUACAAACCCUGUUACCUUAUGAGUUGGGAAAUUGUGUUAGAUGUAAAUAUAAAAUAUAAAUACAAUGAUUUGCAAAUCAUUUUCAACCCAUAGUCAAUUUAAUGCACUACAAAGACAAGAUAUUUGAUGUUCAAACUCAUAAACUUUAUUUAUUUUUUUGCAAAUAAUAAUUAACUUAGAAUUUCAUGGCUGCAACACGUGCCAAAGUAGUUGGGAAAGGGCAUGUUCACCACUGUGUUACAUGGCCUUUCCUUUUAACAACACUCAGUAAACGUUUGGGAACUGAGGAGACACAUUUUUUAAGCUUCUCAGGUGGAAUUAUUUCCCAUUAUUGCUUGAUGUACAGCUUAAGUUGUUCAACAGUCCGGGGGUCUCUGUUGUGGUAUUUUAGGCUUCAUAAUGCGCCACACAUUUUCAAUGGGAGACAGGUCUGGACUACAGGCAGGCCAGUCUAGUACCCGCACUCUUUUACCAAGAAGCCACGUUGAUAUAACACGUGGCUUGGCAUUGUCUUGCUGAAAUAAGCAGGGGCGUCCAUGGUAACAUUGCUUGGAUGGCAACAUAUGUUGCUCCAAAACCUGUAUGUACCUUUCAGCAUUAAUGGCGCCUUCACAGAUGUGUAAGUUACCCAUGUCUUGGGCACUAAUAUGGGUUGUAUUUGUAUUUGUAUAGCGCUUUUCUACCUUCAAGGUACUCAAAGCGCUUUGACACUACUUCCACACCCCCAUACCAUCACAGAUGCUGGCUUUUCAACUUUGCGCCUAUAACAAUCCGGAUGGUUCUUUCCUCUUUGGUCCGGAGGACACGACGUCCACAGUUUCCAAAAAUAAUUUGAAAUGUGGACUCGUCAGACCACAGAACACUUUUCCUCUUUGUAUCAGUCCAUCUUAGAUGAGCUCAGGCCCAGCGAAAACGACGGCGUUUCUGGGUGUUGUUGACAAACGCUUUUCGCCUUGCAUAAGAGAGUUUUAACUUGCACUUGCAGAUGUAGCGACCAACUUUAGUUACUGACAGUGGGUUUCUGAAGUGUUCCUGAGCCCAUGUGGUGAUAUCCUUUACACACUGAUGUAGCUUGUUGAUGCAGUACAGCCUGAGGGAUCGAAGGUCACAGGCUUAGCUGCUUACGUGCAGUGAUUUCUCCAGAUACUCUGAACCCUUUGAUGAUAUUACGGACCGUAGAUGGUGACAUCCCUAAAUUCCUUGCAAUAGCUGGUUGAGAAAGGUUUUUCUUAAACUGUUCAACAAUUUGCUCAUGCAUUUGUUGACAAAGUGGUGACCCUCGCCCCAUCCUUGUUUGUGAAUGACUGAGCAUUUCAUGGAAUCUAUUUUUAUACCCAAUCAUGGCACCCACCUGUUCCCAAUUUGCUUGUUCACCUGUGGGAUGUUCCAAAUAAGUGUUUGAUGAGCAUUCCUCAACUUUAUCAGUAUUUAUUGCCACCUUUCCCAACUUCUUUGUCACGUGUUGCUGGUAUCAAAUUCUAAAGUUAAUGAUUAUUUGCAACAAAAAAAAAAGUUUAUCAGUUUGAACACCAAAUAUGUUGUCUUUGUAGCAUAUUCAACUGAAUAUGGGUUGAAAAUGACUUGCAAAUCAUUGUAUUCCGUUUAUAUUUACAUCUAGCACAAUUUCCCAACUCAUAUGGAAACAGGGUUUGUAAAUGAGGAUCCUGGACUGGUGGCCAUUACUUUGGUCCUUGCCUGUCAUGAUCGUACAUGACAGUUGUUACUGUAUUUUGUACUGUCUGAUGAUCUUUUUUUUGUUGCACUCCCUGUUUGUCUCUAUUUACCACCACUCCUCUGGUCUAAAUGCAGGCUGCCUCACCUGUGCCUGUUUGCCAAUUCGGAUGCUUCUUGGAUCAUUAGUUUUGAUUUGCUCGGCUUUCCUUUUCCAUUUUUCCUUGAUGCACAUCCAUGCUACACAUCUUUAGUUUUGUUCUUCCUGCUUUGUCCCUAAUAAAACAGUCUCAUACUUAC